AUGCUUGCUCCUCUAUACAAGUCCGAGGGAGAUGAUGUUGUCUCUAGUGUCUACUCAGAUGAAGAAAGCAGCAAUAGAGAUUCAAAGCUGAGAAACCAGUCCGGACAAAGUAGUAGGCCAACGCAAAAAGUCAUGGAAAAUGGUGACGACGAUGAAGAAGACGAUGAAGGUGCCGAUGAAGAGGAGUUAGCUUCAUCCGAAGAGGAAUUUGAUGCUCUAUCGAAUGAGCUUGAGGAUUUGGAGGAGGUGCCAAGUCCAAGAGCAAAUGUAAGGGUCACUUCCAACAACAUGGCGGCAGGCAGGAUGACAAAGACGACUAACGCUGCCGACUACUCUUCGCGGAAGCAGAAUGUCAAUUUUUCACUCAAGCCAGCCUUGAAAAUUGCAGGCACAAGAGGCAUUUAA